AUGUCAGUGCACAAAUGCCAUUUGCUGGCUGACUUGCUCUGUGUCUCUUGCGAGCGCAGACUUGUCCGAUCGCAAACAAAAACUGUCAUUCGAAAUGCGAGAUCGCGCCAUUUUUUUUUUUUUUUUUUUUUGGCGUUUCUUCUUUGGAAGCGUUCUGGUGAGCUGAGCUGGCCUUUGUUCGUUGCAACACGACCCACCAUGAUAUCGAAUCAGUGGACCUCGAACACGCCACAAGGAACGCGCAACUUCAUCAAAACGACGCAACAAAGCACACUUCAAAAAUCCAUGAAAGGAAACUUACGAGCAGCACGAGACUUUUUAGCUGUGUUUCUUAGCAUCCCAGCAACACAUUCUGAGCAAUCUGGACAAUCAAACAAAAACGAUAAAAAAGAAAAACAAUGCGAUUCAACAACACCCCCCCCCUUGUACCACCCCCGUGUUUCAUGCACACCUUCACAAAGUAACAACAGUGUUACUCGAGACGUCUCGCGCAAAAACAAAAGAAAACAACUCAGAACAACCACUGAUCGUUUUUCAUCGUGUUUGGUGUUGAACCGAGCGUCUCGUUACCUUCGAGGGGCGACGAUGGUCUCUGCAACAAUCAACAACCAGAGUUUUGGUCUCGUGCCAGAGCUUUUGGGGGAUUUUUGCAGUCGCUGUGUCUCUCAGCGUCGGGGUAGCUGUUCAGUUACCAGAAAUGUUGACAGUGUCGAGUUAUUCUGCUUUGGAUUUUCCACAACCGCUGGCGAGAGAGCACCCUCCUUACCAACUUACCAUUUCAAAAAGCAAACACAAAAACUUCAAUCGCAAACCAAUGAUACAACUGACAAAAAGCCUCGUUUGUUGCAGAGCUCUUGCUGUAAAACAAUCCAUUCUGAGCGGCGAUUUGGCUUCCAAUGUUAUUCUCCAGCGGUGCGAUGGGGUUUGAUCGCUUGCACAGCGCCGCACGAGCUGUUGGUCAGUCGUGUGAGUUUUUGA